AUGGAUGCCACAUGUGAAUGUGGAUCUGUUUACCCUUCAAGAGCACAUGAGAUUGCCGCCAUCGAUGCUCCUCUAUUGGCAGUCCACUUUGUAUUAUUUCUUCUUAUUAUCAUUGGAAACUUGUGUGUUCUUUCCGCCAUUGCUAUAUCUGGACAAGGACGAAAGACCCGGAUGAACUUCUUCAUCAUGCACCUUGCGAUAGCAGAUUUAAGUGUGGGACUUUUUUAUGUGACUGCAGAGAUUGGACUCGUGGCGUCAAAUUACGAGUGGAUUGCUGGUGCAACUUUCUGUAAACUACUACAUUAUAUGAAGGAAUUAGUGAUAUAUGCAUCUACGUACAUGCUUGUAUCCUUAAGUAUGGAUAGAUUUGAUGCGAUAGCACGUCCAAUGAAAUUCUCACGAAAAGCAUUUAGGGCAAAACUGUUGGUAUGUUUAUCAUGGAUGAUGGCAGCCAUGUUUUCAGUUCCAUCGUUGGUUCUUUAUGAUGUAAGACAACACAAGGAAGCAUGGAACCAGACGAUGUGUACUAUACACUUUCAACAGGACUGGAUGUGGCAGCUGUACUUUACUUUGGUAUUCUUUGCCUGCUUUCUAAUUCCUGGUAUUAUUAUAGCCGUAUGUUAUACACUAAUAGCUGUUAUUAUAUGGAAGAAGAGCAAAGCCAUUGAAGAAGGAUCAGAUACUAUGUGUAGUCUACGAGAUGGACAAGAUUAUAAUCCAUCUGGAUGUGGUGUAGCAGGAAGUGUGAUUCAUCAAGCAAAGAUAAGGACCAUUAAAAUGACAUUCAUGAUUGUUACAGUGUUCAUCAUAUGUUGGUGCCCAUAUUUUAUUAUCUCCUUACUGCAAGUGUAUCAGGUUAUUUACAACGAUACCAUGGAAAAGAAAAUGACUAUAGUCUUCUUUCAGAUGUUUGCACCACUAAACAGUGCUAUUAAUCCCAUAAUCUAUGGGGUAUUUAGUACAAGGAUAUGUGGUCACUUAAGGCAAGUUCCACUGAUAAAUAGUGUUAUCGAACGGCUUCAGUGUUGUACAUUUUAUCGUAAACGUUGGUCUUAUAGACACAGCCGUAGUGGUUCUGAGUACGACCAAUCCAACAACGGUAUAACAACCAAGACGACUGACAAAGGGAUCUCGAAGUCAAAAUGCAUCACAGAAAAUGACACGAUUGUAACAUUGCUUCGUUCAAAUAGCGACAAAUCACAGCAACACGUUUCUUUUACACAACCAGUGACUAACGGGUACCCUAUGACGCACCACUCGUCAACCAGUAAGCUUAAAGGUCACCGACGGCAUUCUGGGUUGCCUUUGGUGAAAAGAAAUAUAACAGAGGAAGAAAACAUUUUAUUGAAAAGUUUAACAAGUCGAUUGAAGAAAAGGCCUUGAGGCAAAUAUCGGACAUUCAACUUUUCUACUGUAACAGUGCUAGUAAAAUGUAAAAUUGUGUCUUCAAUUGAUAAAGCUGAUUCAAAACUGGUUCCUGUCCUCUUACAU